CCGUCUCUCUCUCUUUCUCUCUCUCUCGCUCUCUCUCUCCCCACCUGCGCACCAUCGCCGAGCCGGUGAUUCACGCUCUCCCCUUUUCAGACCGAUACACGGAUCAUACAGUAGGCUAGCAUACGGAUUGCCUCCAUUUUAACCUCCAAAAACUGACACGCAGGACGUUGGUAAAUUUCGAUUCAAUUUGUGAAUGUUUCCCGGCGUAUUUGCCUUGUGAUGGAAAUAAUUUAAUAGAAGACCCCAGGCUUGGCGAACCAGGAAUACGCGAUGCUGCGAUGCUGGACCCACCCGAUUUGAAUCUCUUGUUCUGCUAAAAGAAAAAUGGGUAGGCUCGAACUUGAAGCUAGAACAGCGCAUGCCCGGAUCGGCAAAAUGAUUUCAGCUGGAAUAUAAGCAGCAAAAAAAUAAUUAAGAUUUGAUGCUUCAGAUGCAAAGAUACGCAUCGAAGGUCUGAAGCAGGAAGCUUCUCUAUCACUCUCAGUAGCUCAGUCAUUCACUUACAUACACUUUUAAACAAGUCACACAUACAGUGCAACACACACACACACACGCACACGCACACGCACACGCACACGCACACGCACACACAUACACAUACACACACACACACACACACACACAGGUGCGCGCGCACACACACAUACAUAAUGGCUCUGGAGAACUCUGUCUUCACCCACCUCCCAGAAGCCCUCUCUCUCCCGGUAUCUGAGAAGGGGGAGGGGCCUGUUGCCGAGGAAACCGGUCCCGCCCCGCCCGCUGGAGUGAUUGACGUAUCGGAGGAGCUGGGGCACGUGGUAACCACGGACACAGCCGCGCCCCCCGAGAAACCGGUGGCUCGGUCGUUCCAGUCCAAACUGGCUGCCCGCGAAGCCGAAGCGGCAGCCCGGCCGACCAGGAAGAAGAUCCAGCCUGAAGGGCAAAUUCGGGGCAAAUUCGGCUGGGGCCGCAGCAAGCGCAAAAGGCAGCGGUACGUGGAGAAGAACGGCCGCUGCAACGUCUCGCACGGAAACAUGAGGGAGACGUACCGCUACCUGACCGACAUCUUCACCACCCUGGUGGACCUCAACUGGCGCUGCUCGCUGUUCGUCUUCGUCAUGGCCUACGCCGUCACCUGGCUGUUCUUCGGGGCUAUCUGGUACCUGAUAGCGUACUGCAGAGGGGACCUGGAUCACCUGGAGGACGAGACCUGGACGCCGUGCGUGAACAACGUCAACGGCUUCAUCUCGGCCUUCCUGUUCUCCAUCGAGACGGAGACCACCAUCGGGUACGGGCACCGCGUCAUCACGGACCAGUGCCCGGUGGGCACCAUGCUGCUGCUGCUGCAGGCCAUCCUGGGCUCCAUGGUCAACGCCUUCAUGGUGGGCUGCAUGUUCGUGAAGAUCUCGCAGCCGAACAAGCGGGCGGAGACGCUGGUGUUCUCGCGCAACGCGGUCAUCUCCCUGCGGGACGACCGGCUCUGCCUCAUGUUCCGCGUGGGCGACCUGCGGAGCUCGCACAUCGUGGGCGCCAACAUGCGCGCCAAGCUCAUCAAGUCCAAGCAGACGCAGGAGGGUGAGUUCAUCCCCCUGGAUCAGACGGACAUCAGCGUGGGGUUCGAGACGGGGGACGACCGCCUGUUCCUGGUCUCCCCGCUGGUCAUCUCCCACGAGAUCGACGCCCACUCGCCGUUCUGGGAGAUGUCGCAGGCUCACCUGGAGAAGGACGACUUCGAGAUCGUGGUCAUACUGGAGGGAAUGGUGGAGGCCACCGGUAUGACGUGCCAAGCUCGGAGCUCCUACCUGGCGGAGGAGGUGCUGUGGGGUCACAGGUUCAGUCCCAUGAUGUCACUGGCGGAAGGAUUCUUUGACAUAGAUUACGGGGCUUUCCACCACACGUUUGAGGUGGACACGCCCUCCAGCUCGGCCCGAGAGCUGUCAUUGGCCGCCGCCCGACUGGAGGCUCACCUCUAUUGGUCGAUCUCCAGCCGGCUAGACGAGGAGAAGUGGGACGGCCCCAACCUGACGGGCCAUUCGGAGAAGCAGCCCGGCAGCGGUUCGGCCAAUGGGAAGGGAGGCGUCGGGCCGACGUUCGCUCUGGGCGAGACGACAGAGACCCAGGACCAAUCAGGCCAAGGGGAGCAGAAUGGCAGUGUUACCACAGACCAAUCAGAGUCCGAAGCUUAAAGAAUGAGGAAGUGAAAUGGAGAGUGUGAAUAAUUACUGAUCCAGAGCUGUCAUGGCAAGCUUAUUUUAGCAUAGUAUCUAUCAGACCUGGGUCAAAUACGUAUUUAUUUUGGAUUCAAAUACGCUUUACUGAUCUUGUGUCUGGUGUAUUGGAACCAAUGAAAUACUAUCAAAAAGUGCGAACUCUGCCUUCUAGUCAUUUUGGAAGGCUCAGUUACACCGGGCAAGAUCAGUGGAGCUCAGAAAAGUAUUUGAAUCCAAAACAAAUACAUAUUUGACCAAGGUCAUAGUAUCUAUAUAAAACAAUACUUUAAUUACACAAGGAGGAGAUUUGUUUUGCUAUAGUAGAGACAUGAUUUCUUCAUUAAUUCAAUUAUCACGCGUCUAAAACACAGAAUUACAAAUUAAACAGUUUAUUGUCAGGGGCGUCCACUCUUAUCCGAAAUGGGUCGGCAUGGGUGCAGAUUUUUUUGUUUGAGCCCAGCACUACAAAAACCUGAGUCAGCUAAUUAACUAAUAAUCAUGGUCUUCAAUCGAGACCUUUAUAAGUAGAAUCUGGUGUCUUGGUGUUGGGCAAGAACAAAAAAACCUGCACCCCACACUGGCCCUUUUCGGAUAAGACUGGACACCCCUGGUGUAUAUUAUAUAAUAUAAUAGUCCCCCCCCGCGAUUGUGAAGGCUUGCUGGUUAGAGAACGUGACAGUAAGUAAGUCAACAGUAUGAAUAGCUGACUCAGCAAAUUCUGGAAAAUGUACAUUUGCUUACACUGGUAGACUUACUGGUCUGGCCUGUGGCAACACAGCUAUUGGAGAUGGAUGUGGAAAUUCAAUACCCUGCACACGGGCGCUGGAAGACCCCUUUUACUGGGGCACGUACCCCAGUAUUGAUCCGCUGUGCCCCAGUAAAAUCUCGCGUUCGAGAUUUUUUGUAACAAGCUCCUGUAUUUGGCAGUGGAUUAAUUUAGAUUCAUAAUAACGGGAAAGGAAUGGAUUUUUUUUUUUCUAAUCCACAAUGUCAGAGCAACGCGGGUUUAACCCAAAAUACAAGCUGGGGCGCGCACCUUGCGGUCCGGGCCCGUACGCCGCGGCGCGCGCGUUACUGUCCGCGCGCGGCAGUGUGCGUGUCGCAGGCAUUCCAGAAAAUAAAUUGUGUGAUUUGAGUAGUGGGGGGGCCUGCGCCCCAGUGGAGCGCUAUGUCUAGCAACGCCCCUGACCCUGCAUCUUGGGUUUCAUACGGGGCGGGGCUGAAAGAAAAAACGCAGCGGGUAUGUUGACAAAUAGAUGAUAAUAUAAGAGAUUCAGAGAGAGAGACAUAGAGGUGCAGGUGGAGUGCCAACAAAUGAAUGAGAUCAGUAUAAACAGACAUCGGUAGAUGCCCUGGGAAUGACUGAGAUUAAACCACUUGGGAUAGAGAUGCUUAAAAAAUAGUACGGUAGAUUUAGAAAAACUGAUUAUACAAAUAGAAUACUUUUGUAGGUAACACCACAAUUGCCCUUUAAGGUAAUAUAUUUAUUGAUAUUUAUGCAUAUAUCCAGGAAAAAGAAAAACAUUGUUGAGCAAUCGGCUUAUAUAUAUAUAUAUACGUUUAGAACAAUAGACUGAUAUAACAAUUACCUGAGCCAUCUUUAAAAAUUAAGAAUAGACUAAAGGAAAUAGCCACAGGUAUAAGCGGGAAAACUAGAUGAAUGAAUAAACCACCAUAGAUAUCCCAUCAAGAUCGUCCAUAAAAACCUAUCAAUGUUCAGAUUUACUUAUUUAAAACAUAUUAAUUUAUUUAUGAUUCAUUUUAAUAAUACCGCACGUAUUAAAACGGAUCUAAUCUAAGUGUGUGUGCAAUAAGGUCUUUGGGUAAAAUUAGGUUUCACUUUGAAAGGGUCACAGUUGAAACAUGGCACUAGAGUUCAGAAAUACCGGUUAGUAUUUUUAUGAAUGUCGAAAACGUUUUCUCACAUCCUGACGAAAAGCACAACAGUAUCAAAACUCAAUAUAAUGCUUCUGCUGCAUCGUAGAUAAGUGGGGAAAAAACUUACCUGCUGUGUUUUUAUUAUUAAACCAAUGUAUUAGAAAUAAUAAACUUGUUACCACUGAGUUUUGGGUUUUAAAAAAUUUAUUUAUUAUUAUUUUUUUUGCAUAUAAUGGAAAACUAAGUUUAAAUAUAUCUGUAUUUUUUACAUAACCUGUCUGCUUACCUGUCUGUCUUUGUAACCAUGAGUUCAAUGUCUUUUACAUUACAGUGCAUUGCUUUGCUUCA